GCUGAGAGGCGGAGUCACAAGGAACCAUAAUCAAGAUGGCCGCCUUCACGGAUAGGAUGGCGCCUGUCCUGCUGCUCUGGCUUGCUGUGUGUCUCACUGGGUCUCUCGCUGUGGACCGUGGCAACUUCAAAACCUGUGACCAGAGUGCCUUCUGCAAGUGAGUUCAAUGCAGUCAUCAGAAUGAUGGUAGCGUCAUAGCGCUCACAUUUAAAAGGUUGUUAACUCGGCUUAAAUAUGUUCUAUAUUGUUUGUAAGUAUGUUCUAUGAACACCAACAGUUAAGUCCAUGACGAACUCCAGUUGCAGAAAAGGAGCGUUUCCCAAGUGACGUCUCCGCAGUCGAACUUCACAAGUAAAGAACACAUGGCAUAUUCAAGACAGAGGAUGUUGACAGUGAUUAUAGCAAAGAUUUGAGCUGUCAAUGUGUCAAUAGUUUUUGAGGAGAAAACAUCUGGAGAUGAAAUAGAGAACUUGCAGAACAGGGAAUUGAGUCGUAUUUAUUCGAGCCAACACCGGCGACGAAACUAGAGUGUCUGCUAGGGAGGUGUCUGAUGACAAAGACAUGGAGUUGAAGAUUGGUCGCCUUCAAAACACAGAAUGCGAUCUGGAUGUGGCGUCAGUCUCCUACACUGCUUGACAGAGACUUGCAAAUCACACGCUCAGCCCCCGCCAAAGAGCUGGAACAGGGUCAAGAUGCCUCAAGGGCCGGCGUAGUGAUGACUCUGUAGCACAAUGAAGCCUUUGGUUACACACAUCCAUUCUUUUGAGUCACGCAUUUGACCUGAAAACAGGCGUCAGCGAGCGUUGAAACCUGGCGAGUCUCCCUAUCGAGCCCUGCUGGAGACCAUGGAGCUAACCAACACAAGACUCACCCUGCAGCUCAAGAAUGACAAGAACAAGGUGCGUCUCCUGCUGGAGCUCUAUCGCCUGCAGGGAAACAUAACGAGGGUGAAGAUUAAUGAGCUGAAGCCACUUAAGCCUCGCUACGAGGUCCCAGACGUGCUCGUCAGAGAGCCGCCUACAGAGCCCCUGUCUCUCUUGUCUCGAGAUGAGAAUGGAGUGGUUCUGUCCCUGGGGGCGGAGUCUCAAAGGGUCAUAGUCAGUGCCCAGCCCUUCCGAUUGGACAUCAUGGAGGGACGUGACGUGCUCAUGUCCCUAAACUCGCGAGGCCUCCUGGCCUUUGAGCACUUAAGGAUACGGAAGGACACUUUCUCCUAUUUAAUAACUAGCGCAUUUGCUAGUGUGUGGAAUAUUGUCCAGAGUGUAUUCUCUAGACAGGCAGACGGAGAGCCUGAGGAUGCAAAUUUGGAUAACGAGGAAGAGGCUGUGGUGUCUGAGAAAGAUGAAGAGGGCAUGUGGGAAGAAAUGUUUAAAUCAUUUUCAGACAGCAAACCUAAUGGUCCAUCGGCUAUAGGUUUAGACUUUUCAUUGCCAGGGGUAGAGCACGUCUACGGCAUUCCAGAGCAUGCAGAUUCCCUCCGACUCAAAACUACAGAAAAUGGAGAUCCAUAUCGACUCUACAAUUUGGAUGUGUUCCAAUAUGAGCUCCAUAAUCCAAUGGCACUUUAUGGCUCUGUACCUGUCAUGUUGGCCCACAACGCCCAGCGGACUACAGGCAUCUUUUGGCUCAAUGCUGCUGAGACUUGGGUUGAUAUUAGCUCCAACACUGCGGGGAAGACUGUCUUUGGAAAAAUGCUGGAUUACGUGCAAGGCUCAAGUGAGAUACCACAGACAGAUGUGCACUGGAUCUCUGAAAGCGGAAUCAUUGAUGUCUUCAUUAUGCUCGGCCCGACACCAAAAGAUGUCUUUGCACAGUACGCCUCCCUGACAGGCACGCAGACAUUCCCUCCUCUGGCUGCUCUGGCCUACCACCAGUGUCGCUGGAACUACAAUGACCAGGACGACGUGCAGUCGGUGGAUGAAGGCUUUGACGAGCAUGAUAUUCCCUUAGAUUUCAUCUGGCUGGAUAUUGAGCACACGGAUGGUAAACGCUACUUUACCUGGGACGCUAACAAGUUUGCCACACCCAAGGAAAUGCUUCAGGGUCGCCUGGAUAAGAAACGCAAGAUGGUAGCCAUUGUAGACCCUCACAUCAAAGUGGACAGCAGCUACAAGGUCCACAGUGAAAUCCAGUCUCAAGGUUACUACACAAAGAAAAAGGAAGGCGGUGACUAUGAAGGCUGGUGUUGGCCUGGUAAUGUCGGCUAUCCAGACUUUACCCGUGAAGACAUGAGAGCUUGGUGGGCCAGAAUGUUUGCCUACGACAAGUAUGAGGGCUCCAUGGAGAACUUGUACACGUGGAACGACAUGAACGAGCCUUCUGUGUUCAAUGGGCCCGAGGUGACCAUGCACAAGGAUGCAAAGCACGGUGACUGGGAGCAUCGCGACCUGCACAACAUUUAUGGCUUCUAUGUGCAAAUGGCCACAUCGGAAGGCCUGAUCCAGAGAUCGGGAGGGGUCGAAAGACCUUUUGUCUUGACCAGGGCCUUCUUUGCUGGCUCACAGCGCUAUGGUGCUGUGUGGACAGGUGACAAUGCUGCUGAGUGGGGCCACCUAAAAAUCUCAAUCCCCAUGUGUCUGAGCCUUGGCCUGGUGGGAAUAGCAUUCUGUGGUGCUGACGUCGGGGGCUUCUUCAAGUCUCCAAGCUCGGAGCUGCUGGUGCGAUGGUACCAGACGGGAGCCUACCAGCCCUUCUUCAGGGCCCACGCCCACCUGGACACUCCCCGUCGCGAGCCCUGGCUCUUCGGCCCAGAGAACACGGCACUGAUCCGUGAAGCCGUGCGCCAACGCUACACCCUCCUGCCGUACUGGUACCAGCAGUUCUACCACACUUACCGCACUGGACAUCCUGUCAUGAGGCCACUGUGGGUGGAGUAUCCUCAGGAUCCUGCUACUUACGCUCUGGAUGAUGCAUUCUUGAUCGGUGGAGAUUUGUUGGUGCACCCUGUCACUGAAGAGGGAGCAACAGGAGUCACUGCGUAUCUGCCUGGAAAAGAGGAGGUCUGGUUUGAUGUCCACACCUUUCAGAGACACAACGGCGCCCAGAACCUUUACAUUCCUGUUACCAUGAGCUCUAUCCCAGUUUUCCAGCGUGGCGGCUCCAUUAUUCCCAAAAAGCUUCGAGUGCGCAGGUCUUCUACCUGCAUGGAGCAUGACCCUUACACUUUGUACGUGGCCCUCAGCCGACAGAGGGCUGCAGAAGGAGAGCUGUACAUCGAUGACGGACACACUUUCAACUUUGAGAAGAAGGAGUUCAUUCACAGGAGGCUGUCCUUCGCCAACAACAUCCUCUCCUCUGUCAACCUUGCUCCAGAUGCCCAGUUCUCUACCCGCUCCUUUGUUGAGCGCAUUCUCAUAUUGGGAGCAAGUAAACCCACCAAGGUUACCCUCAAGACAGCUGAACCUGCUUUUACAGAUGGCAAGACGAGCCAGCUCGAGUUUGAAUUCAAUUCGACCACAUCGGUCCUGACCCUCCGCAAUCCUGGCAUGAACGCCGGAACUGACUGGACCAUGAUGCUGCAGUAAGCGUGGAAGACUGCAGAGAGGAGGAGGAGCAGGAGGACAAAAGUGACUGAAGAAAAGAAGAGACGGGAAAUAAGCAUCAGGAUUGCCUACUGUGCAACACAUAAAUGCAACACAUCCAAGCACACAGUUGUAUGAAGUGAACAUCUCAACACUCACAUGCCCCUCUUUUCAGCCCUGAAAGGGUUAAUGAAUAACAACUAAUAGUAACUACUAGAACAAGGCAACCCAUAUCAUUGUAAUUAAUGAGCUUUGGGGGUGAGGAGGAUAAUUCUCAGAGCAAAUGCUCCAUCUGCUGGUGUUGAGAAAGCAAAUCUACUGUGCUGCUCCUAACCAUUUCACUUUACAUUUAGCAUUCUUUAGCCACAAGUUAACAAGAUUAUGUCACGUGUCGGGGAAUGAUUCCCUUCAUGUUGCAGAUGGUCGAGUCAGUCAGCAGCUGCAAACAAACUCGCGUCUUGGCGAGAGGAAUCUUUUUGGCCACAGAAGCACUGACCUGUGUGGAUUCUCCUUUUGACAAGCUUUCUUUUUUCCAUGCUCUUUUCCCCCCGCCCCACCAUUUCAUGUUCACGGUUGUUUUUAAUGCACUUCAACAGAAGUGACAACCUUAAGGGUUGUUUGGACGUAUUAAGAUAUCUUGAAU